AUGGCGCUCGAGAUUGAUGCAAAAAAUGCGGCGGCGGCUGCGACUGGCGACGGUGGUGCCCCUGGCAAGGCCAAAGCCAAGGAGAACAAGAGUAACAGCAACAACAAUAAUGUAUCCGCAGCCGGCGAAAAGAACUUGGUCAAUGGCGGCAGCGCCGCUACGAAGAAGAAAGGCAAGAAAAAUCGUAACAAAAGCCCACCUCAGCCAGAUGCAUCAGUAGCUAGCGCUGCUCUCAGCAAUGGGCACGCAGAGAAGGCAUCAGUUAAUGGAGAUGCCGCCGAUGCUAAUGCAAAUGUGCUGGAUAAGAAAGUUGACGGAGAGGGAGCAACAGCCGCAGCAGGCGCCACCGAAGCAGCAGCAGAGGUCGGCUCAUCAGGUGAUGGUGGAGCUGCUACCGAGGGCGAAGCGGCUGCAUCUGGCGAAGAUGUUGAUCUUGAUGCUUUGCAUGAUGUUGGUAUAACUGUCAACAUUAGCAGCCCCGGCGCAGAUGUGCUGUCUGUGCAGCUGUCGAGCAUGGAGCUGGUACAGGAAAUUCACCAGCUGUUAAUGGAUCGGGAAGAGACAUGCCACAGAACCUGUUUCUCCCUGCAAUUGGACAAUGUAACAUUGGAUAAUUUUGCUGAAUUAAAGACCAUUGAAGGGCUGGAACAGGGCUCCACCAUACGCGUUGUUGAAGAGCCGUACACAAUGCGCGAAGCUCGAAUCCAUGUUCGCCAUGUGCGGGAUCUGCUGAAAAAUUUAGAUCCGGCCGAUGCAUACAACGGCAUCGAUUGCACCUCGCUAACAUAUUUAAAUACCAUCACACAAGGCGAUCUCUUGGAUAAGAAACGAACACGUCCCGACUCUGUCGACUGCACACCGCCCGAUUAUGUGAUACCCGGUAUUCGUGACCCGCCGCUAUUGCCACUGCAUCCAAAUAUUAAAAAUGCAAAGGGCCCGCAGGCGCUCAAAGUGUUGACCACAUCGGCAUGGAAUCCACCACCUGGGCCACGUAAACUGCAUGGCGAUCUGAUGUAUCUAUAUGUGGUCACCAUGGAGGAUAAACGCUUUCACAUCUCUGCCUGCUCCAAGGGCUUUUAUAUUAAUCAAUCCACAGACGAAUGCUUCAAUCCGAAACCGGAUAAUCCUAGCCAUUUGAGUCAUUCACUCAUCGAUUUAUUGUCGCACAUUUCGCCGUCGUUCCGUCGCGCCUUUCAAACUAUACAAAAGCGACGAACGAUGCGACACGCCUUUGAGCGUGUGGCGACACCCUACCAGGUGUAUCAGUGGUCAGCGCCGCAAUUGGAGCACACUGUUGAUGCCAUACGUGCCGAAGAUGCCUUUAGCUCCAAACUGGGGUACGAGGAGCAUAUACCCGGUCAGACGCGCGACUGGAACGAGGAGCUGCAGACGACCCGGGAACUGCCACGCAAGACACUGCCAGAACGCUUGCUGCGCGAGCGUGCAAUUUUUAAGGUUCACGGAGAUUUUGUGACGGCUGCAACACGUGGAGCCAUGGCUGUAAUUGAUGGCAAUGUGUUGGCCAUUAAUCCCGGCGAGGAUCCCAAAAUGCAAAUGUUCAUCUGGAAUAACAUAUUCUUUUCGCUGGGAUUCGAUGUGCGCGACCAUUACAAGGAGCUGGGCGGCGAUCAUGCUGCCUUUGUAGCACCUCGAUAUGAUCUGCAUGGCGUGCGUGUAUAUAAUGCAGUAGAUGUCGAGGGCUUGUAUACCCUGGGCACAGUUGUUAUUGACUAUCGUGGCUACCGUGUGACCGCCCAAUCCAUUAUACCUGGUAUACUGGAGCGUGAGCAGGAGCAGUCGGUUGUCUACGGCUCGAUCGACUUUGGCAAAACGGUGCUCAGUCAUCCCAAGUACUUGGAGCUGUUGCGUCUGGCGGGUAAACACUUGAAAAUUUUGCCCCAUUCGGUUCUGAAUGAACGUGAUGAGCCAGUGGAGCUGUGCUCUUCUGUCGAAUGCAAGGGAAUCAUUGGCAACGAUGGCCGACACUAUAUUCUCGAUCUUUUGCGCACGUUCCCGCCAGAUGUUAAUUUCCUAAAGUUGCAGGAUGUGAAGCUGAGCAAGGAGCUCACCGAUAUGGGCUUUCCCAUUGAGCAUCGCCAUAAGCUUUGCUGUCUGCGCCAAGAGCUGCUUGAGGCAUUCAUUGAGGAUCGUUAUGUGACAUUCAUUCGCAUUGCUGCAGUGCAUCUGCAGCAGCUGAAUGCCAAAAAGCAGGCUGAGAAGGACCUGCCUUCUAUAACUGAAAAACCAGAGGAACCAGAAAAGGAGCAAGCAGAAAAGAGCAGCGCUGAGCAGACAGAAAAUGAGACGGUAAAGGAUAAGGAAGACGAGCAGAAAGAAUCCAAACCCAGUCCGAUUGUGACAAAAUGCGCCGAGGCCAUGGUCAAUGCCGUUCGUGAGGCUCAAUCAAAUGUGGCCGUCUCGAAUGAGGUGCAAGCUGCAGAGGUUGUAAAGCGCGCAUGCGCCGCUGUGGGCUCACUGAAGGAGAAGGAGUUUGAUUUCCGCUUCAAUCCGGAUGUCUUCUCGCCAGGCAUACGUCACGUCGAUUGCCCCGAGGGCGGCUUUCAAUCUCUGGCUAAGCAGAAGCGUCUCGUGCAGGAUGCGGCCGAAUUUCUAGUACUCAAACAAAUCCCCGCCUUCAUCAAGGAACAUUUGGCACACUCCUCGCCGCCUAUCGAUGGACAGAGUCUCACUGAAUCCUUGCAUAGCCAUGGCAUCAACGUGCGCUACCUGGGCAGGGUGAUCAAGAUGCUCGCCCAAAUGCCACGCAUGGACUACUUGUAUCGCAUUGCCAUACUCGAGGUGAUUGUGCGUGCCACGAAGCACAUCUACUACACCUAUAUGCAGGGCAUCGAGCCACUGCAUCUCUCGGCGGCGAUUAGCCAUUUCCUUAAUUGUCUGUUGACCACCGGGCCGGUGAAUCCCGCCGCCAACAGCGAGGAGGUACACAAGAAGCAGCCGCGCAACAACGGCGGCAAGCACAACAAACACAACAAAUCAAACAAAUCGGGCAAGCCCCAAUCAACAUCGACUGCAGCCGCCACACAGAAUGGCCACAGCUCCACAGCAGCCAACGGAUCGGCCAAUGCAGCCAACACUGCAUCGAACAGCAGCAGUACAAGCUACGACUGGGCACUGGUCACACCACGUUCCUUGUGGCAGCAGAUACGCAAGGAGAUUAAAAGCUAUUGGAACUGGGAGCUGGACUGUGAUUCCAUUGAAAGCGCUUGUGCCAAGUAUGGCCUGUUGCGCAUCAGCUUGUUGCGCGCCUUCGCCCUGAAGGUGGGCAUCCAGGUGCUGUUGCGUGAUUACAACUUCGAGUCGAAGCACAAGCCCACCUUUGGCGACGACGAUAUUGUCAAUGUGUUCCCGGUGGUCAAGCACAUCAGUCCAAGGGCCACAGAUGCCUAUAACUUCUAUACAACGGGACAAGCCAAGAUCCAACAGGGUUUGCUCAAGGAGGGCUACGAAUUGAUCAGCGAGGCGCUCAAUUUGCUGAACAACGUGUUCGGAGCAAUGCAUCAGGAGAAUGGCUCCUGUCUGCGUAUGCUGGCGCGUCUGAGUUACCUGCUUGGCGAUGCUCAGGAUGCGUUGGCCAUACAACAGCGCGCAGUCAUCAUGAGCGAGCGCGUCAAUGGCAUUGAUCACCCAUCAACUAUACUGGAAUACGCACAUUUGUCGCUUUACUCCUUCGCCAAUGGACAUGUGGGCAUGUCGUUGAAGCUGCUCUAUCGCGCUCGCUAUCUUCUGGUUCUCGUUUGCGGCGAGGAUCACCCCGAGGUGGCGCUCAUCGAUAGCAAUAUAAGUUUGAUCCUGCAUGCGCUUGGCGAAUAUGAGCUCUCAUUGCGAUUCAUUGAGCAUGCUCUUAAGCUGAAUCUGAAGUACUUUGGCAACAAAGCAAUGCACGUGGCCGUCAGCUAUCAUCUGAUGGCGCGCAUUCAAUCCUGCAUGGGCGAUUUUCGUUCAGCAUUGAACAACGAAAAGGAGACCUACUCCAUUUACAAGACACAGCUUGGUGAGAAGCACGACAAGACGCGUGAGUCGGCCGAGUGUCUGCGUCUGUUGACACACGAGGCUGUUGCCCUGCAGCGCAAGAUGAACGACAUCUACUCCAAUGGCAAGCUGACCAGUGACUUGCCACCCAUACACAUAACGCCGCCAUCGAUGGGAUCUGUACUGGAAAUGCUGAACACAAUCAAUGGUAUACUUUUUGUGCACAUCAGUCAAAAGGAUAUUGUAAAGGUGCGUAACCAAAUCGAAAAGCAUUUGACUACGAGCGAAGACAGUGGCGCAAACGAGAAUGAGGUAACCGCUGCUCUCAAAACCUUUGUGGCUGCUAUCAACUCCAAUGACACUGAACAGCCUAAGGAAGGUUCAGAAGCAGAAGGAGGCACAACUGCACAGCUUACAAAUGGAAGUGAGGAUUCAAACACUACGGUUUCAAGUUGAAUGCAGGCAGAUCAAAACUAGUAACUAUGAAUGUACAAAGAACAUUCACAAUUAACAUAAAUGAAAAAUAGCACACAAAAAAGAACAAAAAAAAAAAACACAUACACAUUCAAUAUUGAAGUCACAAAAUUGUCAACUCUGUUGUCCAGCAUGUUAGUUUGUCAACAUUUCAUUUUAUUUCGUGGACUGAGCAAAAUUCGCAACAACAAAGUGUUUUUACUUCCAAAAAAGAACCUAAAUGGAUAAUCCUACAAAAAUAUACAAAAGAAAAAAAAAACUAAAGGAGGGAGAAAAAAAGUAGUAUAAAAGUUAAGAACAGAAUAAAAUAUGAUUGUUUUCUAAAGGCUGCUCUUGUACUGCUCAUAUGAAAAGUUAAAUUUAACUAUAUAAACCAUGUACGGCCAAAUCCUCAGCAGAUAAAUGGCCUGAAAAACAUUUUAGCUUUAGUCUAUCAAAAAGAA